UUGUGAUGGGGCUGGUUACAUCUGCCCCAAGCCUCUCUUGCUUCUACCAUCCCAUGUGUGGUCUAGAAGGAGAGGUUGCCAACUCUAGAGGAGCACAUUCCCCUGAUUUUCCACCCUCUCACCCUGAUGAGGGCUUUCAGAGUCACCUAGGGGAAGGAGAAUGAGGUCCUGAAGCAUGGCAGGAGCAGGCCCGAAGGAGGGAACAGAAACGGGAGAUAAUAGAGCAGGUGGAGUGGGUGCAGCUUCCUGUACCCCUUUGUGAGAGGGCACCCAAAUGACUACUGCUCCAUCUCUCCUCUGGUCUCUUCUGCUUGCUCUGCCCAACCCCCAUUCUGGAGCAUCUGACUGGGCCUUGUGCAGGGCGUCUGGCCCGAGGGAAAGGUGUGGUGAGCUGCAGUCCACACCCACGUGGCUAUAAAUAGGCAGCCUGUGGCUGCUCCUCAGCCUCCCUUCUUCAUCUUCACUCACGGAGCUGUUCGCACACACACAACUGCACCAUGGACCCUGGGGAAUGCACCUGCAUGUCUGGAGGAAUGUGCAUCUGUGGAGACAACUGCAAAUGCACAACUUGCAGCUGUAAAACAUGUCGCAAAAGCUGCUGCCCCUGCUGCCCCCCGGGCUGUGCCAAGUGUGCCCGGGGCUGCAUCUGCAAAGGGGGCUCUGACAAGUGCAGCUGCUGUGCCUGAAACCCACACUUCAUGGUGGGAAAGAUCCUGGGAAGUGUAUGUACAGCUCAUGAGUCAAAAAGUUGCGAUGAUU